UUUCAAUCCAGGAUGAUGUGUAUAUAUAACUAAAUAAGAUGUUAUGUUUUAUAGAUUAAUUCAACUACCUAAUAGACGCUUGAGAACAUACUCAAAUGCUUUAUUGUGUAUUCAAGUGUUUAAGUAGAACAAUUCCCUAGUUAGUUUUAAUCUACCAUAAAGAACUUUCAACUACCAGUAAUUAAAGUUAUUGUUAGUGAAGUAUAAAAGUAUUACCCCGAUAACCGUAAGUAUCUAAAUAAAAUUUUCUGGCAAUUUUAAAAGGGCGUCAAUGUAUAUUAAAUAUAAAAUUUAAUAUAUUUAAAUAAAAAGGAUUUGAUGUGAUCUAGCACCUCCGGCCUCAGGAGACGGCAGACUCUUGACUACAUUUGUAUAUAAUAUAAACAAUUUGAGUCCACUCGAAUAAGCCAUUGUUCUUUGAGCUAAUCAUUUAAACAACUUCACCCCUAUAAAAUUAUGCCCUACGCUUAAUUUGAGAAGGAGACAGUGGCUGCGUGUUACUUUCUUGAUCUCUAUAAAAAAAAAAAAAAAACAAUUAUGUCUUCUUGUACUACUACAACUACCUUUCCAACCAAAGUACCACAUAUCCAUUCUAGGCAACAUGAUGUUUUCCCCAAAAACCAAGUACUAGGAACUCUUUCCUUCUCUUCCAAGAAAAAUUCCCACUUGGGUUUCACUGCUCAAACUAGUAGUCAAACUAAUUUUCUGUCUGCAAUGGAUGAAAAUUGUAAAUUGGAAGUUAGUUCAACUGAUAUACCAGAUGGGUAUUCUAAAGAAUUGGAAAUUGCUGUAAGGGCUGUACAUAUGGCUUGCUUGCUCUGCCAGAGAGUUCAAGAAAAUUUAUUAUCUGAAAGCUCUAAGCAUGUCCAUUCUAAGGAAGACGACUCUCCUGUCACUAUUGCAGACUGGAGUGUUCAAGCAAUUGUCAGCUGGGUACUGUCCGAGGCUUAUGGCAGUGAGAAUGUCUGUAUUGUUGCUGAAGAAGAUGUGGAAGCGCUUUCAAAGGCUGGCGCAGUUGGCCUGUUAGAAGCAGUAGUAAAAACUGUGAACGAAUGUCUAGCCGAUGCACCCCGUUUCGGACUAAAAGGUCCAGCUACUGAUCUUGAUGCUAAAGCUGUUCUUGAGGCCAUAAGUCGGUGCAGCUUGGCAGGUGCCAGAGGUAGCAAGUUUUGGGUACUGGAUCCUGUUGAUGGCACAUUGGGUUUUGUGCAUGGAGAUCAAUAUGCCAUUGCUUUGGCAUUGAUAGAAGAUGGAGAACCUGUGCUUGGGGUUCUUGGGUGUCCAAAUUACCCUAUGAAGAAGGAAUGGCUUAGUUAUCAAAAUGGUUAUAGGAGAAUCUUAUCUAGGUUGACCGCCCCUACAUCUGAAUCUUCAGAUAAAGGUUCUGUACUUUAUGCAAGGAAAGGUGGCGGCAGGGCUUGGAUGCAACCGUUACUGUGUGGAGAAAAUAACUUUGUGUGGCCAAACUCUGCAAGGGAAAUCAGAGUAUCCUCCAUCGAUAACCCAGCACUAGCUACCUUUUGUGAACCAGUUGAGAAGGCAAAUUCAAGCCAUUCAUUCACAGCAGGACUAGCUCAUAGUGUUGGACUUAGGAACCAGCCAUUACGUGUAUAUAGCAUGGUAAAGUAUGCAGCCGUAGCUCGAGGAGAUGCUGAGAUAUUCAUGAAAUUUGCGAGGGCUGGUUACAAGGAGAAAAUAUGGGAUCAUGCAGCUGGUGUUCUUAUCAUUGAAGAAGCCGGUGGAGUGGUGACCGAUGCAGGAGGGCGUCCAUUGGACUUCUCAAAAGGCGAAUACUUAGAGGGACUUGAUCGAGGUAUAAUUGCUUGCGCUGGAGCCAAACUACACGAAAAGAUCAUUCAGGCUGUAGAUGCUAGCUGGAACUCCUCUAGCCUUUAAACCUAUUGUAUGUUACUCAAUGUUCAGCCUAAAUGUGGUCAAAUGGUGUGCAUAAGGCCAUAUGUUGCAAAUAUAAAUAAAUGAUACUAGCAUUAUACUGCAACUGUGGGCACUGACUACUGAACCAUGAACUGAUUCUGUACAGUAAAACCAACUUUAGGCAGAUUGAUUUCUCGGAAGGAAAACCCCAAUUGGAGGACAUUAUGCUAAACUUUUGAACAAUGUGAA